GCAGAGCGUAGAGUGACUUGACAAAAUUAUGCUUCGAAARGGAACUGAAUUGAAACGCUGACGUAAAAAGAAAUUUGUGAAAUUACGUGGCAAGACUUCGGUCGACGUCAUUGUACUUCUUUUAAUAUCUUCGUCAAGAAAAUGCUGUAAUUUUUUCAAUAAUCUAAAUCCUGAAAGGGAAUUUACUCGAAAGACUUCUGCGGAUUAUGACGUUUUUGUCAAGAUUUUGUUUUGCAAAUCUUAUUGUAGUGUUUUUGUCACAGUGGAAGCUCGGUUUCAGUAGAGAAAUCUAUUUAAAUGCUGCAAGGGGAAAUGUCACAUCACCGAAAUACCCAAAUGGAUACAAAAAUARUGCGGAAUGGAUAUGGAAAAUAACUGUUCCAUCAGGAAAUCGAAUUAGACUAACGAUUAAAGAUGUUAAUUUUGCCGAAAAGUGUAAUGUUAGAUGUGACUGUGACGCUGUAGAGGUCUUCGAUGGGUUCUACAGCUCAAGUCGUACGCGGCCUCUUGUGGAAUUUUGCUCCAGCGUUACAAACCCGCCAAGGAUUUACACGUCCACUGGAAAUAAAAUGGAGGUGGCUUUUUUCACUGGAUACAAGCAAAACGCAGGUCGAGGGCUUUGGUUUUAUUAUGAGACAAUUUACAAUGGGGGCCAAACAACCCCUGUUAUUACGACGCCUCCAAACACUAUUCCAAUUACAGAGCUUAUUACUGGUGAAGGAGAAACCUCAUCAAGCUCAUCAAAAUUAUCAACUGUUGAGAGAUCUAUCCUGGUCAYCGCUAUAAUUUCAACUGUGGUAUUAUCUGUUCUUGUGAUAUUUUGCUGCAGUAUUAAAAAACGAAUUUCAAGAAUUAUAAGAAGAAGAAGGGCGCCGGCUACCGCAAGUCGACACCCAUGUCCUGAUCAAACAAUUGACAUUCCAGAAGAACUAACUUUUGAGGAACUUCGUAAUGCUCCACCAAGCUACGAGGAAGCARUUACAAGCUCACGGCUGACUCUCAAUACACAGCCACCUCCCUACUCCAUAGAACCUAAUGAAAACAACAACUCAACGCCAGUAACUUCUUCACAACCGAAUAUCAAUUCUACAGAAGAAGCCUAUGAUUCUACUGGCCUCCCUUCAUAUGCUGAAGCACACAGACUUUCUCAGAGCUCUAUAAAUGCGGUGUAGCCCAAAUGCCGCUUGACACGAAAACCUUUAAUUAAGCGGCUUUGCUUUCCAGCACUUCAUUGCCCUAUAUUUCAUUAUGACGUCACAUCAAAAYAUUCUAUUGUUUUAACGCUAAGGAUUAUAGUCCCCAGAUGGGAUCAGAGUAACUUGUAUAAAAAUGUACAUGAGCAUUCUUUGAUACAUGACAUCUGUCAAACAAGAUAUAUUGAAGUUCCGCUAUCGGAGGAAAUGUAAAUCAGGGUCAAAAUUCCCACUGGUUUAUGACCGUCUCAUCCCGAUCUAAACAUACGGUGACGUCAUAAUGAAAUUCAACAGCUGUAUGUGUACAUAUAUGCGAGCACGAACAAUAACAGUCUUGAAAAAAAAUUGUCAACCCGUUCAACCGUAUUCUACGUAUUAUAAAGAAUUUUCCAUAUUUGUCCGUUCGCUCAUUAAUUCAUCAUCCACAUUCGUUCUUUCAUUCGUCUGUCCAUCUGUCAUAUCUAUUCGUUCCUGAUAGACUACUUCAGGGUACAUGAUACGUUGUUUGAUUCAUUCAUUCUUAAGACAAUCUUUGUAGUUUCGCCCACCUCAUUCCCAGGGCUUUAUCCCUUCGCUAAAGGCCCUGGGAACGAGGUUGUAGUUUCGCUUCAUCCUUUCUCUCCUUCAUAUUAAUCCUACACCAAUCCUUCCUUUCUACAUCCAUUGUCUGCUCUUUUCGGUAUUCGACGUUCAUUUUCAUUCGUCUAUCUCUAGUCAUCCUUUAAGGAGAAUGCAAUGUGAUGAGCACUUUUUUGUGGGCCACACCAAAAUUGUACCAUAUUCAAUAUAUAUAAUGCUCGUAAAACUGAUUUACAAUACCGUUAAAAACUAAUUUGAGUAUAAAGUCCACAUGUAUACAUGGUUCACAGUUUUAAAUAAAAGGACAUGCAUCCGA